AUGCAAUUCAAGAACGCUGCCCUAGCUGCCUCUGUCGCUGCUCUUUCUGCCACUGCAUCCGCCGAAGGAUACACUCCAGGUGAGCCAUGGUCCACCCUAACCCCAACUGGCUCCAUAUCUUGCGGUGCUGCUCAAUACACUUCCACCUUUGGUAUUGCCGUCCAAGCAAUCACCUCCAAGGCUAAGAGAGAUGUUAUCUCUCAAAUCACAGACGGUCAAAUUCAAGCUACUCAAGUUGCUUCUGUUACUGCUUCUCAAGUCACCGAUGGUCAAAUCCAAGCUAGUACCACUGCUACUCCAACCAGCUCUGAAAAGGCUUCUUCCUCUGCUUCUAAAGUUUCCUCCUCUUCUUCCUGUGCUGCCACUCCAUCUUUGAAAGACAGCUCCUGUAAGAACUCUGGUACUUUAGAAUUGACUUUGAAGGACGGUGUCUUGACUGAUGCCAAGGGCAGAAUUGGUUCUAUUGUCGCUAACAGACAAUUCCAAUUCGACGGUCCUCCACCACAAGCUGGUGCCAUCUACGCUGCAGGUUGGUCCAUUACUGAAGAUGGUUACUUAGCCUUGGGUGACAGCGAUGUUUUCUAUCAAUGUUUAUCCGGUAACUUUUACAAUUUAUACGAUCAAAAUGUCGCCGAGCAAUGUAGCGCCAUUCAUUUGGAAGCUGUUUCUUUGGUCGAUUGUUAA